AUGAAACACCGCCGCACGUCUUCCAGUAAAAUGGGGGAGACCACUGGUGGGGGAUCAGCAAAAAAACCAUUUAAAUCGCAAAAUCAACAAAGGCCUUCCAGCAAAAAAAAGGGAACAGAUGCAGAAGGAAGAAAACAAGAUCAAAAAAGAAAGGAGGUCACUCAGACAUGCAAAAGGAAAGCUAAGGAUCACGAGGACUAUUCCCCAGCAGCAGAAAAAGGUUUGUCAAAAAAGGUGAAGCUAACCAGUGCUAAAAUAGAAUCUUGGCAGACUCUGUCAGAGAGCAGUAGGCAGUUUUUGGAAACUAUAAUGGAUUCAGUAAUACUAUCUGUUUUGUGCAAACAAAGGGAGAGGAAAGAUGAUGUUCAGAAGCACCUCAAUUUACUGAAAGAAAGGGUACUGAGAUUUUUCAAGACUUUAAAGGUGCCUCCAGGGAAGCUGGGCAACCUGAAGAAUGUCCUGAGCCUUCAAAUGGCAGAGAAACAAAUGCUUGAGACAAAUGAAGAGUCUUUGGUACAAUUGCAGGAAGAAAUAAAUGAAGCUGAGAGAUCAGCAGAACGCACUGAAGAAACUAUACAGCAACUGCAGUACAAAAUCCAGGUGCUCAAGAACCAGUUAGAGGAAGAUGAAAAAAAGGCCAGGAAGGUAUUCCAGGAAAAUGGCAGUGGAGUGCUCCACCUUCCAGAACUCCCCCAGCGCAGUUUACAGGCACCCACUUUGCAGGAAGAAAUUUUGAAGAUAAAAAAUCAGAAAGGUCUUUUAAAGGAUAUGAACACUAUUCAGCAGUCAGCUGACUUGAAGAACAUGUUAACCCUCAUUGAAAAGACCUAUGAGAAGGUAGACUUCAUUUGA